GCUAUGUUUGACCAGAGUAGAGAAUCUGUUAGCAGGAUAGCUUUUAGCUGACAGAUGAAAUAGCUCCAACAAGCAGAAGAUAAUUGUACUGCUCGGAUUACUACUUUAUGACGGAUUACAUUUUUACAUUGCACGGCCUGUACUCUCCAUCCGUCGACUGCGGUCAUUACAUCCUAUCUGAAUAAACAUAUCCCUUUGCCGAGCCGUGCGUGUCCCCCGUCUCCUCCUCCACCAUGGGAGAGAUCGAGCUGUCCUGCCGUGCCUACGUGAAGAUGCACCUCCACGCCUGCCUGUUCCCCCGGUGCAGCGUCAACGGGCUGCUGCUGUCGUCUGGCGCGCCAGGGGGCGCUGUCUGCGUGACGGACUGCGUGCCUCUGCUCCACUCUCACCUGUCUCUCGCUCCCAUCACUCAGUUAGCACUCACACAGGUAGACGUCUGGUGUUCACAGACCCAGCAGAGGAUCGUGGGUUACUACCAGGCCAACGCGUGUGCUUCAGACAGCAGUCCCACGCCUUGCGCUCUGAAGAUAGCUGAUAAGAUCUCGGAGCAGUGCAGCAACGCCGUUUUGUUAAUGAUCGACGGGGGGAAGAUGUCUCCUCACGACAGGGUCCCUCCGAUAGUGAUGUACGAACGCAAGGACUCCAAAUGGAUUCUUAAAGACAAACACACAAUAAUGCUGAGGCAGUGGGAGGAGACCCGGCUGAUAGCCAAUCAGAUGCUGGACUCGGGAGACCACGCGCUAUUGGUGGAUUUCGACAGCCACCUGGAUGACAUCACGAAAGACUGGACCAAUCAGAAAGUGAACAACAAGAUUUUAGAGCUCGCCUCGCCGGCCAAUGGGAAUGUGUAAUGCGAGAAAGUUCCUUUAUAACAGUCAUAUUUAAUGUUUAACAUAGGGCCUUGUUUUUUUUAGAAAGAAGACGUUUAUUUUUCAAUGCGAAUUGCAUUUCGAUUGCGUUUGUACAGGAACUGGCAUGAAUAACAACACCAUUUAACAAACAGCUGGGUGCAUCCUUUCAGUCUUCCCCCCCCACGCAGACAUGCACCUUCCUUUCGGAAGCAGGUGUCGUUGCAACAUCUCGUGUGCAAGUGACACUCACACCCUUGUCUUCACACUGCCCGAGUCUGCCAAUUUUUAACCUAUUAAAACAUUAUCUAACGA